AGCAUAUUUAUUGCACUUAUUGUUAUUCUAUUUUAGGACCAUAUAAUAAAGGUACGUAUGCUGGGGUCGAGCUUUAUUUGGACUGAACCUUUAUUUCCAGUACUUUACUAGUAUUACGGUAAUGUGGACUGUGGUACCGUCGGAAUGUACCAUCGACAACACUACUGGAGGGAUUUUGUUGUGACAGCCAACAGCAAUCUGUGGAAAACCCGGUAGGGGGAAACGAAUCAACAUAGGUCAUUUUAUCUUGGAUCAACAAUGGCCUUCAGCAAGGGGUACCGCAUUUUCCAUAAACUGGACCCACCGUAUAGUGUCAUAGUGGAAACGAGGAACAAAGAUGAGUGCCUCAUGUUUGAGUCUGGAGCUGUCGCUGUACUGUCGGCUGCGGAGAAGGAAGCCAUCAAAAACACUUAUACCAAGAUGGUUGAUGCCUACGGGAUUCUUGGGGUUCUCCGUCUAAACCUGGGUGACUCCAUGCUCCACAGUCUGGUGGUGGUCACGGGAUGCAGCUCUGUGGGCAAAGUGCAGGACUCUGAGAUCUUCAGGGUCACGCAGACAGACUUCAUUUCGCUGAAGAACGACCCCGCCGACGAGGACCGCAUCGCGGACGUGCGCAAGGUGCUGAGCUCGGGACACUUCUACUUUGCCUGGUCCGCCACGGGAGUCAGCAUGGACCUCAGCCUCAACGCUCACCGCAGAAUCCUGGAGGACACUACGGACAACCGCUUCUUCUGGAACCAGUCUCUUCACCUGCACCUGAAGCACUACGGCGUCCACUGCGAGGACUGGCUGCUGAGGCUGAUGUGCGGCGGCGUGGAGGUCCGAACCAUCUACGCCGGCCACAAACAGGCCAAGGCCUGCAUCAUCUCCCGCCUCAGCUCGGAGCGGGCCGGCACCCGCUUCAACGUGCGUGGCACCAACGACGACGGCCAGGUGGCCAACUUCGUUGAGACGGAGCAGGUGAUCUUCCUGGACGACAAGGUCUCCUCCUUCAUCCAGAUCCGCGGGUCCAUUCCGUUGUUCUGGGAACAGCCUGGAAUACAGAAAAAGUCAAUUAAGGGCGUUUUGUUGCAACUGAAUGAAAAUCGACGACCUAAUGGAAUGGAUGAAAACCCCCACCUGGUUGGCUCCCAUCGCGUCAAGCUCUCCAGGGGUUUCGAGGCGAACGCACCCGCAUUUGAAAGACACUUCAGUGCUCUGCGGAAGCUGUAUGGCAAACAGGUGAUCAUUAACCUCCUGGGCAGCAAGGAGGGAGAGCACAUGCUCAGCAAAGCAUUCCAGAGUCACCUGAAGGCGUCGGAGCACGGCGGCGCGGUGAAGAUGGUGAACUUCGACUACCACCAGAUGGUGAAGGGGGGCAAGGCGGAGAAGCUGCACAGCGUGCUCAAGCCCCAGGUCAGCCGCUUCGUGGACGACUGCGGCUUCUUCUACUACUCUGGAGAGACUGGCAUCGCCAGGACGCAGAGCGGGACCCUCCGGACCAACUGCCUGGACUGCCUGGACAGGACCAACAGUGUCCAGGCCUACUUUGCCCUGGAGAUGUUACCCAAGCAGCUGGAAGAGAUGGGCCUGACUGAGAAGCCCCAGCUGGUGGCCCGCUUCCAGGAGGUCUUCCGGACCAUGUGGACCGUCAACGGAGACUCGGUCAGCAAGAUCUACGCCGGCACGGGUGCCCUGGACGGGAAGGCCAAGGUGGGAAAGCUGAAGGACGGGGCGCGCUCGGUGACGCGCACCAUCCAGAACAACUUCUUCGACAGCUCCAAGCAGGAAGCCAUCGACAUCCUGAGGCUGGGCUCCACCCUGAACAGCGACCUGGCUGACAAGGCCCGGGCGCUGCUCACCACCUCCAGUCUUUACGCGUCUCCCAGAGUGCUUCUGGGCAUGUGUCAGAACUACCGCAAGUACACGCGGCCAAAGCAGAUCCGUGUGUGCGUCGGAACCUGGAACGUCAACGGGGGCAAGCAGUUUCGCAGCAUUGCCUACCGCAACCAGACCCUCAACGAUUGGCUGCUGGACGCGCCAAAGAAGGCGGGACUUCCUGAGUUUCAAGACGGAAAGCCAAACCCCCCUAUAGAUAUUUUUGCCAUUGGCUUUGAGGAGAUGGUGGAGCUGAACGCUGGCAACAUAGUCAGUGCCAGCACCACCAACCAGAAGAUGUGGGCCGCCGAGCUGCAGAAGAACAUCUCCCGGGACCACAAGUACGUCCUGCUGGCGUCGGAGCAGCUGGUGGGCGUGUGCCUGUUUGUGUUCAUCCGCCCGCAACACGCCCCCUUCAUCAGGGAUGUCGCCGUGGAUACAGUCAAAACCGGGAUGGGCGGAGCCACUGGCAAUAAAGGGGGCGUUGCCAUCCGCCUGCUGUUCCACACCACCAGUAUCUGCUUCCUCUGCUCCCACUUUGCCGCUGGCCAAUCACAGGUCAAGGAGAGGAACGAUGACUACAAUGAGAUCACGCGCAGACUCUCCUUCCCUAUGGGUCGCCUGCUGUACUCCCACGACUACGUGUUCUGGUGCGGGGACUUCAACUACCGCAUCAACCUGCCCAACGAGGAGGUGAAGGAGCUCAUCAAGCAGCAGAACUGGGAGGCCCUGACCGCCGGAGACCAGCUGCUGGACCAGAAGAACGCCGGCAUGGUCUUCCGCGGGUUCAUCGAGGGAGACCUUGACUUCGCCCCCACCUACAAGUACGACCUGUUCUCGGAGGAUUACGACACCAGCGAGAAGUGCCGCACGCCCGCCUGGACGGACCGCGUGCUCUGGAACCGGAGGAAGUGGAACUUUGACAAAACAGCGGAGGAGAUGAACGUGGUGGGAGCGGCGGCCGCCAGCGAGGACGAUACGGACGGCGCCUGGAACCCCGGCGAGCUCAAGUACUACGGCAGGGCUGAGCUCAAGACCUCGGACCACAGGCCUGUGAUGGCGGUGAUGGACGUGGAGAUCCUAGAGGUGGACCCGGAGGCGCGGCACCAGGUGUACAAGGAGGUGAUCGCCCUGCAGGGGCCCCCCGACGGCACGGUGCUGGUGUCACUCUGCGCCUCGGGGCCCGACGACUACUUCGACGACACGCUCAUCGACGAGCUGCUGGACAAGUUCAGCACCUUCGGCGAGGUCAUCCUCAUCAGGUUUGUGGAGGAGAAGAUGUGGGUGACCUUCCUGGAGGGUUACUCUGCCCUGGCUGCCCUGUCUCUCAGCGCCUCCACGGUGCUGGGCAAGACGAUUGACAUCCGUCUGAAGAGCUCCGGCUGGAUCAGGAGCCUGGAGGAGGAGAUGAGCGUGGACCGCAUCUGCGGCGCCAUCCCCACCUCGGCCAGCUCCACCCUGCUGGCCGAGGACACCAACAUGGGCGACGACGACUACGACAUGGAGGGCGACGUGGACGAGGAGGUGGAGGAGAUCCUCCCCCAGCACCUCCAGCCCGGCGCGGGGUCCGGCGCGGGCUGCUCCCCGGCCCCCUCCCCUCGAGGUAGUCCCUGUCCCUCCCCCACCGAAGGGGGCCCCCCCACCAGGCCCGGCCGGUCCGCACAACCCUCCCGGCCCACACAAGGUCCGCCGGGGGACUUCCAGCCCUUGGAGCCCAAGCGGCCCCCACCCCCGCGACCCAACGCCCCUCCAGCCAGACCCGCGCCCCCCCAGAGACCACCGCCCCCUUCAGGACCAAAGAGCCCUGCUAUCUCUGGGCCCGACGCAGCAGGUCGAAGCGGAGCUCCCGGGUCCGGAGGUGGGCCAAGACCGAACAUUCCAGCCCGAGCCGGUGUGAUCAGCGUUCCCGCCCAGGGUCGCCAGACCCCUCCCGCUCAUCCCGGGGCACCCAGACCCAUUCCAGAGGUUCACCCUGGAGCCCCCCGCCCUGUCCAGGAUAACCCCCCCGGGGCCCCCCGACCAGGCCCCCCGACCAAGCCUACUGACCUACCACUCGGACCCCCUCCCUCAGGACCCCCGCCCUCCACCCAGGCCCAGCCCCAGGCCCAGCCCCAGCCCCAGCCCCAGGCCCAGGCCCAGGCCCAGGCCCAGCCCUCAGUGCGGUCCCAGCUCCCCGCGCCCAUGCUGCCCACCUUCACGGCGCCCAUGCAGCCUCAAGCGCCACCCGCCGCUGGCACCGCCGGGACCCCCCAGGGUCUGUCGUCCCCCAAGCCCCCCCCACGAUCUCGCUCCUCUCACGGCCUCCCCCCGGAGGCCGCCGCUGCCGCCGCCGCAAAGGCCGACGCUGGCACUCCCACUGGACAGCCUAAUGGACUCAACGGCAUCCAAGGAGAAGCACAAUGGAAGCCUGACCCCUUCGACACACUCACAUCCAACCUCCUCUCCUCUUCCUCCUCCUUCUCCUCCUCCUCCUCCUGGACCAACACUCGCUCCCUCACCAGGGGCUCCUCCCUGCGCUCCCCCCCCUCCGCUCCGGGCCACCUGUCCUCCUCCGGCACGCUGCCCUCCUCCUUCUCCGUCCAGACCGCCCCGCUCUCCUCCCUGCAGGGCCCCCAGCCCUCCUCCUCCGGCUCCUCCUCGUCCUGCUCCUCCUCCUUCUCCUUCUGUAACGCCACGCUCCUCCUCCCGCCGCCGCCCGUCCCGUCGCGCAGCCGCUCGCAGGAGUCUCUGCGCGCCUCCCCCCUGCCCUCCCAGGGGGAGGCGGCCCCCGCCCGGCCCAGCAGCACCAACCCCUUCAGGGGCCCGCUGAUGAUGCAGCCGCCGCAGCAUCCCCCCGUGCAGCCCCCCGCCCCUGACCUCAGACUCCAGCCCCCCACCCUUAGUGCACUCUCUCAACCCCUCAUCCCCUCCGCCGCGGCUCCGCCUCCGUCGGCGCUUCCACCGUCGGCCCCCACGCCCGUCCCCCUGCAAAGGACCAUGUCCCUGCUGGGACCCUCGCUCGCUCUUCCCCCCCCUACGCCGGCCCCCCUGUUCCCCCUGGGCCCCACCUUGCCCCUGGCCCCACCCUCCAUCUCUCGUUCAGCGACGCUCCCGCCUCGCCGGCAGCCCCCCGCGUCGGGGCUGGACAAGCCCACCCAGUCCAGGUGGGUCACCUUCGACGACGGCCCUGACUUCCCCCAAGGGCCUGCGGCCCCGGGCCUCCCGCCCGCCGGCCCGCUGCCACCCCAAGCCCAGGCUCGGCUGCCCUGUCCCGGGUUUGACCCGAACCCUUCCUGGGUGUCUUCCUCCACCCCGUCCUUCCCAGCUCUCCCUCCACCCGUCCCCGGCAGGACGGCGCCCAGCGAGCCCCCCAAGCCGCCGCCCGGAGCCCUCUUCUCCCUCGACUUCUUCCAAGAUUCCUAG